GAAUGGCGCGAAAACGUUGCAUUUCGGUUGGACGUUGUGGAGGUCGGAGCUAAUAUUUCCGUAGUUGAAGAUAGCGGAGAGCUUCUUGGGCUGGAGUCACUUUUCAUUCUUGUGAUUUGGAAUAUUUGCACGAGUAUUUGAAUUGAUGUUUCUUCCGAGUUGAGCAGAAGAAGUUCGAUGGAGACGAGUCUAUGAGUGUUAUUUAAUUUUAGUUUUUAUAAUCUGAAUUUUACUGAAACGUGGCUGAAAUGAGCAAAUAUUUAACGAGGUUGAAGGACCGUGAAAGAUACAUUUAUACUUGGUUGGGAAAACCUCUUCAUAUCAAUCGCAAACUGCGGCAAUCGGAUUAUGAAGGUGUCCAGGUAGAAUGUGAAGGAACUUCCAAACAUUGCAUCAACAUUAAUGAUUUUGUUUUAAUCAAAAGUGAAGAUGAGGAUCAACCAUAUGUGGCGAAAUUGCUAAAGCUAGUUGAGGAUGGUACCCAGCAACAUCCGACCAAGACUGCAGUGGUCCAAUGGUUUACUCGUAUUGAGGAAAUACCAAAAUCAAAACAGAAAUUAUUGGGAAGAGAGGCCCACCCUAGGGAGAUCUUCUUAUAUGAAGUCUCUAAUUGUGAUGAUUGUAUCAGUGCAGAAACCCUGAUCAAGGCUGUAAAAGUUUUCCAGAUUGAUCCUGAGAAACCAUUUCCUUCCAUUGAACCUGGUGAUGAUUCUCUGUUUGUUAAGUUAAAGUGGGAUGGAAAACGUUUUAACGUGCUCCCUAAAAAUACUUUUUCCAUAAAGAAAGUUAAUAAUCACCAUAAGAAUUUGGAUCCCUUACCCAGGAGGCUACAGAAGAUGUCCUGUGAAAAUUCCUUUCCAAAGCAGUGUGACGUUGUUGGAGAUUCAGAGGUUUACAGUAUUGACAGUGGAGAUGGAACAUUGAGCAGAAAUGUUGUUAACCACCAUUCCAAACAUUGUGCUUUCAUGGUGGAUGAAGGGAAAUCUAACUGUUCUGAUCAGAAAAAUUCCAACGGUAGGAAGCGGAGUACAGAAAUCACAAAUGUGGAGAACAGCAGUUCAAAAGUAAGGAGGAAGCUUCCUCUUUCUGAUUUUAAUAAGAGUAAUCUAGGAAAUAUUUUGUCAGAAUUGUUAGGUGAAGAUGGUGAUAAGGCCACUUUUGCUGCAAAAAUACCUCAACUGGUGGAAUCUGCAGCUAUGAAAUACACACAACAUUUUAAUGGUGUUUCAGGUGAUGCUCUUUCACCCAGUAAGAAGUUGCAGAAUGGGUCACCUGGAAAUUAUACCAUCUCUCCUAUUAAACUGAAUGGAGACAAUGAGAUGAACACUCAAGUUGCCACUUUGAAAUUAACACCUAUUCACAUCAAACCAAAAAUUAAGCAGCAAGUCUCUUCAAGCCAGUCCCGAAAGAAUGACAAAAUAACUGAUUUGCACAGGGCAAAGAGAAAGGAAAAUGAAAGUAAGAUAGAAAAUGUCACUGAGACUCCAAGGUCUCGAAGAAAGUCUGCACAGAACUGUUCAACUAUUCUGAAACAGUACUUAAACAAUGAUCAGGAUAACGAAGCAUCUGAUGAAGAUGAAUACCUUCCUGGCAAAGAACAAAGGAGUGAAAGUAGCAGUGAGAAUGAGGAGCAAGAGGAUGAUGUAAAAUUUCGGAAGAAAUCAACAAAAAUGUUUGUUCCUAAAACACCAAAUACCACAGCAAAGAAGUCUGUUAAAACACCAGUCAAAACGCCUGUGUCACGGUCUCCAAGGACAAUCUGUCAUCCAACUCCAAGAAUUCCUCUGAGGACUCAGCUGGCUAAAACACCUGGGAAUAUAUUGGAAGAGGCCAGAGCAAGAUUACAUGUGUCUGCUGUACCAGAAUCUCUACCCUGUAGAGAGCAAGAAUUUCAGGACAUCUAUAACUUUGUGGAAAGUAAAGUGAUUGAUGGCACUGGAGGAUGUAUGUAUAUUUCUGGGGUGCCAGGGACAGGAAAAACUGCAACAGUGCAUGAGGUGAUGCGAUGUCUGCAAUAUGCAGCAAAAGAGGAUGACCUUCCAUCCUUCCGAUUUAUAGAAAUCAAUGGCAUGAAGCUUACAGACCCUCAUCAAUCUUAUGUGCAGAUAUUGAAGUCAUUGACAGGACAAAAAGCCACUGCAGACCAUGCUGCUGCAUUGCUUGAAAAGCAAUUUGGUGCACCAGCACCAAAGAGAGAAACCACAGUGUUGUUGGUGGAUGAGCUUGAUCUCCUGUGGACACGGAAACAGGAUGUAAUGUAUAACCUGUUUGAUUGGCCCACGCGAAAGCAGGCAAAAUUGGUAGUUGUGGCAGUAGCCAACACGAUGGAUUUGCCAGAGAGGAUUAUGAUGAACCGGGUGGCAAGCAGACUGGGACUGACCAGAAUGUCCUUCCAACCGUAUACUUUCAAACAGUUGCAGCAAAUCACUUGCUCAAGACUGAACCGAUUAAAGGCUUUUGAAGAUGAUGCUAUUCAGCUAGUAGCCAGAAAAGUAGCAGCUCUGUCUGGUGAUGCAAGGCGUGCUCUCGACAUUUGCAGGAGAGCUGCUGAAAUAUGUCAAUAUUCAGAAGCUCAGAAAACUACAUCCAAACUUGUAGGAAUGCCUCAUGUGGUACAGGCUCUUGAUGAAAUGUUUUCCUCACCAUACGUUACUGCUAUAAGAAAUGCAUCUGCCCAGGAACAAAUUUUUAUGAGAGCUGUGCUUGCUGAAUUCCAACGACUUGGUCUAGAAGAAGCAACAUUUCAGCAGAUCUACCAGCAGCACAUCGGACUAUGUAGAAUAGAAGGUCUGCAGCCUCCAACAAUGUCCCAAACCAUGUUGGUUUGUACAAAGCUUGGGGCCUGUCGUCUACUACUUGUUGAGUCUAGUAAAAAUGAUCUUUACAUGCGAGUGCGAUUGAACGUUAGCCAGGAUGAUGUCAUGUAUGCUUUAAAAGAGUAAUUUGUUAAAUUUCUGUAAUGCAAUAUAAACUGUACAAUGUGGUUUUAAUAGUGUAAUUCUUAUCCAAUAUUAAUCUUUUUAACAACUUUAGAUUUUUCUAUAGAAACU